CCUCUGAAGUUACUUGUAACAUUUUCAAAUAACAAUGAAAUUCGCCGUUUUAAUAAUUGCAGCUUUGACCAUAAUUGGUCUUGCAUGGGCUGAUCUGCCAGGGAUCCCAGUGCCAGAGACCCAAGUGCCAGGGAUCGAAGUGCCAGAUACCCCAGUGUCAGGGAUCGAAGUGCCAGAGACCCCAGUGUCAGGGCUUGAUAAUGUUGGAGAAACUGCAGGCGCUACCCAUUGUGUAAUCGAUAAAGGCGCCAAUUGUUGUUUCUCAAUUGGUGAUAAAAUUUAUCAAGAAUUGCUAAGCUGUGCAACUGCACUACUGUGGACAGUCGCAGAUCCGAAGCAAUGCACAUCGCCCAACGCAGUACUCUGCAAUGCGAAGACUUCUCUUCUAUUCCAAAUCUGCUUUGAUUUUUCAUAUAAAUUAGGUACCAGUAUUUGUUAAAUUUAAUUGGAACACAAAUACUAACCUUCGAAUCUCACUAAAAGCAAAAAAACUUUCCUUUUCAAUUUAAACUUAAUUUUCAAAUUUAAAUCCUCUUUGAAAUAUAUGUAAAAACGUAUAUUAUUUUCGUAAAUCAAUGAAAUAUAAUUAAACAGAGAA